CUACAGCACUUAGUAGGGAAUAAAUGUCUAGUAUCUUGCAGUAUAAUGCUGUGAUCUAGGAGUCACAAGCAAAAAAUAAUGGAGAGAGUUCCUAAAGAAUUUUUUUAAAUAUAUAAAUUAAAAGCAUGUGAUAGUUUGGGGGCUUUAGAAAAAAAUCUAAUUAGUUGACACAAUAUUACACAAACCAAUGUCCACCGUUCGUAGUGAUUAAAGGAAACAAAGACCUCCCACCACAUACCAAAGGCACCAGUGUCUGAACAUAGGUGGGAGCAGGAGAAAGAAGAAAAAACACUAUUUACAGAACUGUUCUCCACACUCGGGAAUUAUCCUCUACAGUAUUGUGCAGAAGAAGAAAGGAGAUUCCAACAUCCAGUGGUUCUAUCCACAUAUUAGUAACAGGUACUAUAUCAUUCCAGGAUAACCCUGAACAUUGAUUAGGCAAAUCUGAGAAGAUAAUGUUCCGCUUGUUGUUGCUCAUGAGUCACAUGGGGAUAUUGGCUGCCCUGCUCAAUAGCACGGAUCAAACGGUCACUGUCUCCAAAAAUCUAACUGAACCAGAAAACGUGACUGAAACUCUCUGCAGGAAACAAUGCAAUGAUAAGUGUCUACUGCGCAGCCACAACCUGGAAGUGUUUCCAGCAUGCUUGCCUAGGACUGUAACAGAGUUGGAUUUGGGCUUUAACAACAUAACAGUAAUUAGGGUUGGAGAUGUGCAUGACCUCUCUCAGCUGCGUGUGUUAUCUCUAUCACACAACCAAAUCUCAGAGUUUAACUGGGGGAGUCAUGUACUGCCUCAUUUGGAGUCAUUGGACCUUAGUCAUAAUCAACUAUCAGUCAUUCCAAAAUGCAUCAUGUUGAAGAACGUGAAGUGGCUGUCCCUGGCAGGAAAUCCAAUAUCACACAUCCAAGCAUCGGCCUUCUCUUGCUUUCCAAGCCUGAUAUCUCUUGAUUUAUCUUCUACGCUCAUUGGGAGCAAUUCAUCUAAAGACAUUGAGGAGUCAGCAUUUGCCCUCAACAUCACAGAAGGCAAGGUGGAUCCACUGAAGUCGCUGAAAUCACUUGAUCUAAGUGGCACCUACCUUACAAGAGUUACUGAAGCGUGGGGCAAAGAUUUACCAAAUCUGAAGGAGCUUCACAUCCGGAAUAUGGUCAACAUGGAACGUCUGGAGGAUGAGCUGCUGACAUGGUUCCCACAGCUGGAACUACUAAACUGCAAUGGCUCCAGUGCACUCAGCUAUGUCAGAACGGAGAUAUUUAACAAUGCAUCACGUCUGAAGUAUCUUUAUUUUACAAAUUGCAAACUGACAACGUUUUCCUCUUGGAACAUCACGUCAGACAGUGUGAUUAUUGACCUCCAUGGCAAUCCGCUAAUCUGCACUUGUGACCUGGAAUGGCUGUUCUUAAACCAUGCGAUCAUCUUCCAGACCAGUGCAAAUGAAUUACUCUGCAAAAACCUUAAAGGAGAUUUACCAAACUAUACAGGAAGACAGCUACAGGAACAGUGCUUAUUGAACAAACCAAAGAAAACAGGUAAUGAAGUCCAAGAUCGCACAACCUCCAAUUCCACAAUAGGUCCUAAUGUUACUGCAGGAACAAUGAAAGAGGCUAUGGAGUCUACACCAACAACAAAUAAAGGACCCAAAAGUUUUCACCUAGAAAGUGUUACAGUUUUUAAGACCACAUCCACUGACUCAAACGCAACAACUUCAUCCCCUAAAAUAGGGACUGGCGUUGUAACUCAGGAAACUAGUCCAGUAAGUCAAGGUGACGUCUCCUCUGAAGUUAUUAAAUUUUCCAUUGAUAGUGUUGGUGGAUCAUCAUCUUUAAACAAGCAUGCUAAUAAAUCUACACCGAUUUCUACAGUGAUGUCUUCUACUAGCUUCCUAAGCCCAAUUAGUACCAUAAAAGCAGGAUCAGGUCACUCCAUCCCAGAGAAUGAAAGCUCCAAUGAGGACGAGGCUAAAAUUCCUCGAGAAUACCGGGAAGAGUAUGAUGAAGAAGAGACCCAAAUAAAACAGAAUGUAAGCAGCACCCAGCUGAAAGCUUGUGACUAUAACCCUUGUAGACACCUACAAGUUCCUUGCAUGGAGCUUCAACAGCUGGAACCAUGCUUAUGUCCUGGGCUCUCAGGAGAGGAUACUCUUCCAGACCCACCAUAUCUAGACGAAGUGUUGGAGAUAACAGACACAUCAGUGCAGAUACGUUGGUGUGCCCCAAAUUCCAUAGUGAAAAACUACCAGCUUGUAUAUCAGCCUGAAGGAGGCAGGAACGAGUCUGUUAAUAAUAUUUAUGUUACAAUGAGACAAUAUACUUUACAUCGCUUAGCACCGUAUACAACAUAUAAGGUGUGUGUAGUGGGCACUAACAAGAAAGGAAACAGUGUACUGUUAAACACGUCUUCAAGAAGUCCUUGCGCAGAAUUUAAAACCAAACCAAGUACCAUUCUUAUAAUUGCUAUUUUAAGUGCCUUAGGUGGGUUGUUUUUAGUGAUUAUUACUGUGCUUUCGGUGUACCUAUACAAGGCAUGUAAAAAUAACAUUGUUAAUCAAUACGAUACACAUCUUGUAUCCUAUAAGAACCCUGCUUUUGAAUAUCACUUGACCAUCCCAUCUUAUCAUUAAUUUUACUUUAUUUUUUAUUUUGUUGGUAACCACUCCCUCCUGGAUACACAUCACACCAUUUUGAACACGGAAGGUAGAUGUGUAACAGCUUCUAGCUAUCAUUUAUAUACUACAUUGUACAAAAUGGAAUCUGAUUGGUUGCUAUGAGUGAACCAUCUUCUUUAGAAGGUUUGAAACAUCUCCCCUUUGGUCUUGUGUGUUCCUGUGAGGAUCUUGCGACUACGUGAUCAUUUGGUGGCCCUGAAGAAUAUACUUUUCUUAUCAACAGCUCCAGACAAAUAAUAACAAUGUAAUUAAAACGAAUUAUACAGAAAAACAACUAAGAUCAGAUUCCCUACCUUGACAGAAGCUAAAAUAUUUGACAUUGAAAUUUGAUAAACGUGUCUGUGCUUUGUUACGCCAUUUGCGAAAGUAAAUAUGUAUUGUGUUUUUGUGUGAUUCUCUAAAACAGGAGACUGGACAUUAGAAUGUGUCAAUUUUUCACAUUUCGUUGUACAGUCUAUACCAGAGGUUCUCAAACUCGGUCCUCGGGGGCCCACACAGUGCAUGUUUUGCAGGUCUCCUCACAGAAUCGCAAGUGAAAUAAUUAGCUCCACCUGUGGACCUUUUAAAAUGUGUCAGUGAGUAAUUAAUACACCUGUGCACCUGCUGGGUUACCUGCAAAACAUGCACUGUGUGGGCUCCCGAGGACCGAGUCUGAGAACCUCUGGUCUAUACUGUAAGGUUGCUUUAUGGCAUUGCAUUUAGGGGCACAAUUGGCACUUUACCUUAGCUAACCAAUCAGCAAUUAACUUCCAUCUCUCUAGCAUAAGUCACACAAUAAUAGUAUGAUAGUACUGUACAUGAGUAUUUUUGUCACAUUAUUCAUCCAACACAAGCAGGAAACUUGAUGGUCUCUUUAUUACAACUAAUGGGUCCCUCAUACAUGCCGAAACUAGAGUAUCUGCAUGUUUUAAGUAUCAGACCAUUUAUUAGGGCACGCCUAAUAUUCAGCACACUGCCAUCUUCAGAUGGCGUUGGUCCCAAAGCCCAUCAGGUCACACAUGUGCACCAACACUGCCGGAGCAGACCCAGGAGUGUAAAGUUAUGCCACUACUAACUAGUGGUGUAAACUGAAGAUGUUAUAGAACAAGGAGACUGAAUUGCUCCAGUAAGUAAGUAAACAACACCGCAACUUGUUGCCAGUUGGAUACUUACUUAUCAGGGGCAGCACUGUAGUGUAUUACAAAUAUACUACAAGAAUAACAAGGAUAAUACUAAUAAUAAUUUCUUAGAUAUGAAUAUACAAUCUAGAAAAUACAAAUGCACAUUAAAUAAAUAUGGAUGCAUGAAAUCACAGAUACAAAUGUAUUUCAGGAUUAGGUUGUGGCAAAUACUUUUGUUAAUGGAUAUUUUGAUAAGAUUUUUAAGUAGUUGGCUCUAGACAUGCCCAUUCUCGUUGGGGUACAUUUACUAAGGUGGGAGUUUCUCAGAACUGGUAAUGUUGCUCACAGCAACCAAUCAGAAUCUACUUAACAUUUAUCUAGCUGUUUCUAGAAGAUAAUAGAUAGAAUCUGAUUGGUUGCUAUAGGCAACAUCACCAGUUCUAAAGAAAACAACCUUAGUAAAUUUACCCUAUGAUGCCAGACAUUUUCACCUACAGAUACCUAUAUAAAGUACACUAAGUAAGAAGGAGCAUCUCUGACCACAGCCCUAUCUAUGCUUGUAGUAUUAAACGAAUUAUUGAUACUGAAGAGAACUACAGUAUAUGAAAAUGAUCUGUACUGUGGGAUGUAUCAAACCUUCUGCAGAGGUCAGACUCUGACAAGCUGCCAUAGAAACUUUGUAGCUAUCAUUUUAUAGAAUGCACUUGUUAAUUAUUUAAUGGUCGCUAUGAGCAACUUCUCCAUUUGUCCUCUAGAAAAAAACAAACUAAUCCAAAACAAAUUCCCUGCAAUCUAUGAUUAAAUGUUAUUACAGUAUACAUGAAUGUUCAUUAAGGAGAACAAAAGUAGUAUGAAAAAUGGCACAAGACAGAACGCGGGCUACACAUUCAAGUCACUGAGUUACCCAUUAUUCACUGUGUAUUUAUUUUGAGGUUUCUUAAAUAAAUGAAUUUUGCAUAAUACUGCAAAUAUUAAA